AUGACGAACCUAGAGGUGUGUCGUUUAUCUUCCUCUUUGAGCGUCAUGUUUGUCACCGUCAUCGCAACCUCGGUCGUGCUCGCGUUCACUCGCGCCGUCCUCGCUCAGGGCACCUCCAGAGCCAUCUCCGAAUACUCUGGCCACAACUGUAGUUACCCUUAUUACAUGUAUGAUGAAGAGCUCGACGUCUCGUUCCCAUAUCAAGGCUAUUACAGCGUCGCGGUCGAUUUCCCCGGCACCUUUUCCCAAGCAACUUGCAACAGCGCGCUAAACUACGUCGUCACCGAGUGCAACGCGAAAGGCGAGUUCCGGCUCACUGGCUGGUAUGAGACGGGAGGCACUACUUUCGCUGUUAUAUGUUUCGCGUAUAUUUCCACCUACCCGGAUGGCGCUACUGAAGUCUCUAAAGAAGAAUGGGCAGCGGCCGACGAUACUAACGCCAUGAACGACUACAACAUCUUCCUUGUGAAAACGACCAGUUGGAUAUCCUGGAUCGUCAUGUUUGUCACCAUCAUCGCAACCUCGCUCGUGCUCGCGUUCACUCGUACUGUCCUUGGUCAGGGCGUGCAAUGCGAAAAUGAUGGCUACUCGGCUUGUCCUUAUCCUCAGGCCACCAACGCCGAUCUCCAGGACCUCAUCUCUACCUUCUGCGGCGACAACGGUGGCUACCCCUACUACAUGUACGAGGAAGCGCUCGAUCAGUCGUUCCUGGUUCAGGGCUAUUACGAAGUCACGAGCGAUCGUCCCGGAGGAUUCUCACAAGCGACUUGCAACAGCGCGCUGAACUACAUCGUCACCGAAUGCAACGCGAGGCCGGAAUACUGGCUGACUGGCUCGUAUGAAACGGGAGGCGUCACCUUCUCCGUUACCCCUUGCGAGCCGAUUUAA